AUGGAGACGAAGUAUUCUGAGAUGAGAGGUCCUCAAAUCAUUCCGAAACAUGAACUCAUAGAUCCUGCAGCUUUGCCAUGCCAAUUUGAUUACCAGUGUCGUAUGGGAGAGAGCUGUUCGGGAACGAUUGCUUUGGUGGAUCAACUUAUCACGGUUUGCCAGUAUGACGUGACCAAAACCAAUCGACAGUGUAUAUAUCAUGCCGAUUGCCUACAAGGCCAGCAAUGCCUUCGAAAUGAAAGCAGCAUUUUUGUGUGCAUGGCAUCCAUGGAAGCGGCACUAGGAACAGCACCAUGUACAUAUGAUUACGAGUGUUCUGGAGGGGAAAAUGAACAAGUAGCCUUCAAGGUUUUUCGCUGCCGUCCUUCGCUAGUGAAGGACCCACGCCGAGAUCAACUCUGCCGGAACAACGCUGACUGCCCUUAUCAGCAGGUAUGUGAGAAGAUAGAAUUUGGAAUAAGGCGAGUAAAGGAGAGGAAAUGGUAA